GCACUUCUGGAGGUGUCUUCUUCGUUCUUCACAAUCUCAAACCCUCUCAUUUCCAUUCGUUCCAUUUUCAGAGGGUUAAUCGAUCGCAGCGAAUAUGCAAAGAGAGAAGCAAGUUAGACGGGGUUUAUCUCACUCAGAUGAAAUGUUAAACAGUUUUCCUGGAUUUGGUAGAAGCAUGAUGCCUAGCCUGUUUAGUGGAAGGGAUGAUCCCUUCUUCAGUCGGCCGCUUGGGGACAUCUUUGGGUCUAGCAUGUUCGGUGCAAGUGCUGCUUCUAGUGAUGUACCAGAGAGUGGAGGAGGUGGGGGAAUUAUAGUAGAAGAACUCGACUCUGAUGAUGGCACGGAGGAGGAUGAGGGUACUGGAGAUGGGAGUGAUGAGAGGAAACAGCGUGCCGUUUCAAGUAACGAGCCAUCAGUUGAACAUCCAGAUGAUGAUGAUGAUGGUGAUGAAGUCGAUGCAGAAGAGAAAAUCAAGAACAAGAGAGGAGAGUUCAACAAGGGGCAAGGCACACAGCCCCAGAGUCGUAGUAUCUCUUUUCAGAGUUGCCGAGUCACAUAUGGUGGUAUAGAUGGAGCAUAUUACACUUCUACAAGAACUAGAAGGGCAGGCAAUGAUGGUGUGAGGAUUGUGGAAACCAAAGAAGCUGAUAAGACAACUGGUCAAGCGACACAUAAGAUAUCUAGAGGAAUUCAUAAUAAGGGUCACUCUGUUACAAGGAAGCUGAACGCAGAUGGAAAGGUGGAUAUGUUGCAAACUUUACACAAUCUGAAUGAAGAUGAGCUUGUUGGUUUUGAAGAAACUUGGAAUGGUAAUGUUAAGGUGGACAUACCUGGCUGGAAAUGUUUUGAUAAUCUAGGUAUACCAAAGGGCAAUGUAUCUUGGAGUGCGGGGCUCCUUCCAUAUUCAGAGCAACCACAAAGCUCCGGAGGGAUCAGACCAGGGAAUGUAAAUGGUACUACAGCUGGGAGAACCAAAAAGGUUGUUAGAAUCAAUAUAGAGUAAAUAUAGGUAGAGCAUCUACACAUAUCAGAAAGACGGAAGGGUACCAGUGGUUGACAGAUUCAGUUAAACUGUUUCAAAUUGUGAAGAGUUGGACACUUGGACGUCUAUAUUAGGUAUUGUAGUUUUGGAGGGGUGGGUGUUUUAGGUGGUUUCAGUUGUCUAAUUUAUAGUGUCCAUGAGAAUGUUUUAUUGUAUUUAUGAGAAUGUAAGGAAAAUUUCAUCUUUGUUAAUUAAUUAAAAGGAAAUGAGU